AUGACAUUUUUUUCGUGGGUAAAAAAAGACGACAGCGAGAUCGAAGAGAAAUUAAAAAAAAAACUUGAUGAGGGUAGCAUAAAAUAUUCAGAUAUUAAAAGUAUUGAAAAAGAUUUAGAAUUAUUUCGAUCUUUAAAUUUUGACAAUUUAAAUUAUCAUGGAGACAAAUGUAUAUUAGCUCGAGAAUUUAUAAUAAUAUAUAUAUCAACUUAUAAAAAACAUAUAGAACAGUGUAAAAUAGAGAAUAUGGAAAUAAUAAUAAAAACUAUAAAAAGAACAAUUUUGAGUGUAAAUAAUUUAAUAUGUAAUAUUAAUGAACAGAUCUUAAAAUGUUUUAGCAUGAUAAGAAAUUUAUAUAAUGAUAUAUUAAAAUUUAAAAAUGUUUAUAUAAAUGAUUAUUGUUUAUUUUGUAUUAUUGAAGGGAUAUUAAAUAUAUUAAAUGAUGAUAAGAUGCAUGAAUCUAAUUCAUCUAUAUGGGGUAUAUCUGCUUUAUUAUCAUUAAUAAUAACAAAUUAUAAAAAAGCAUAUUUUAUUUAUAAAGGAUUAAUAUCAUAUAAAUGUAUGUAUACAAUUCCUUUAUUUAUAAAUAAUACAACAGAAAUGAAUACACCCAAUAAUAAAAUUCAUUCUUAUAUUCUUAAAGAAAAUGAUGAAUUUAUUGGAAGUAAUUAUUCUAGAAUUGUAGCAUAUGUCAAAUUACAUCUAUCGAUAUUUAUAUUAUUAAAUGAUACAAGAGAAAUAUGGAUGUAUCUAUCAGACUUACUAAAUAGUGCAUAUAGAAGAAAAACAUAUAUCUAUUUCUCUUUGAUAUAUGCAGCACUUGAUACUACUUUUUAUUAUUCAAAAGUUACUUUUAAAAUAUUUUUUGAGAAAUUAUUAAAUAUUCUUAAAAAUAAUAUUAUGCCAGCCUUAGAACAAGAAUUAAUAAAUAAACCGCCACCAACAGAUAUGCAAAAAAUUGUAGAUUAUUAUGUUAAAAAAUUGAAAGUCGAAUUUUUGAAUGAUAUGAAUCCCUCUCUUCCAGAGGGUGUUGUUGUAAUACCUGAUGAAAGAAUAUUGUUUUUAGGAAUAGGGCCAUGA